CAAGAACAGUCCUGACGGUAUAACGCUCGCAAAACUCGAGCAGGCCGGUCCCAAACCACACGGAAUCGCUAGCAGAACAAGCGACAGUCCAGCGCUACCGCCUGCCGCGAUCAGCUGAAUACAAAUAAAUCGCGUUGCCACAGCCUACUCGCGUCUUAUAUUACGAACUUGUAUUUGCAUAUGUAGGUGGUCAGGUCUGUAAUAAUAGUGGUGUGAUUUAUUUGUGGUGUGAAAAAAAUUGUGAGAUGACUUAUCUAACUUUUUUCGCGUUUUUACUGGGGUCCACUCUGGCAGAUGUUGCGACCGUGAAAAACCUAAUGGGGGAACCGGACUACCGACAGGUGCGUCUUCACUGGGAAACAGAGCCCAAUUCAGUGCCCAAAAAUGGGUACAGCGUGAGGUAUUGCGAGCUGCAAACAUGGGGAGCCCAAAGAUGUCGAAGCCAAGCUGUCAAAGAACCUGAGACAUCGGAAAAUGAUGUUGAAACUAACAAUGAAGAAUCCAUGAAAAACUUUGCUGCCGAUGUCAAAGGGCUAAGGAUGGCCACUACUUAUUCCUUUGAGAUUAAGGCUGUUAAGGAUGUUAUGGAGAGAAAGGAUAGGGCUGAGGGCGAUGAUAAGAACGAGAAUAUUAUUGUUAUACCCACCAAAGGCUUCUCUGCCAAAGCCACCCAGUGCCUUCCCCAAGCCAGCGAAAUAGAAGUUUCCACUGGUCCACAUUUCGGCGGUCGCAUAGCCGUCGAAGGCCCCGAUGGGGAACGUUGCGCCAUCGAUGGAGACUCCAACAGCCCCAGGGACAUUUACACCCUGAGAAUCAACCACACGGAGUGCGGGAGCCAAGUGAACGAAACCACGGUCGCCACAUUUGUGAUUGUUCAAGAGAAUUUGCCGAUUUUGACGCACAGUACCAGAAGGUUUUUGGUUCUUUGUUCGUAUCAGCCGGAGACUUUGACAGUACGUGCCGGCAUCAAUUUGCCGACAGCCGGUCGUGGUCAGGCCCAAAUGGCGCCUGUGCCCUACGAAGAAGAUAACAACGCCUCGAGCGGAAGAAAAUCUAGGAACCACAGGCAAGGAAGGUUGUUGCAAAAACCGGAAGCACUCGUAAAGGAAGAUGGGACUGUGAGAAGACAGCCACAGCAGAGAAACCAAAUAGUACCGAUUUUCGUCAUAACCAUGCUUGCUAUAGCUGGUAUCAUCGGCAUCUUAGCCAUUGCUUUAAAACUUACCAGCAGGAGACUUUUAGAAGAUUUAGAUAACAUUUCAAUCGCUUCUGAAAUAUCAACUAGCAGUUGUAGCACUGUAACAGAUUUGGAUAUUGUUUGUGAAAACAAAUCGAAGAUUAGUAAUAAAUAAUUUUCCAU